UUUCUCUUUUAUUUCUGUUUGGGGCGCUCGCUAUCACAAUGCUAGAUCGGCGGGUUUUCUCCUCUCUCUCUCUCUCCCUUUGCUAGAACCGUCUCCAGCGCUCCGCCUAGACAGAGACAAAAACCCACACAAGAUAGGCACUCCAGCGAGGCCCGGAAACCGUUGUAAAGGUGGAGAGAGAGGGAGGGAAUAUAAAUAUGAAAUUGUUGAGGUGGAAGUUGGCGCUGGCGUGUGUUUUCUGGAGCAGCAGUGUUGCUGUUCUCUGUGCGUGUGUGUUACUCUUUGUUCAGGGUAAAUCUAGAGCAGGCUUGGCUUUGUUCCAUUACAGCACUAGGCCCAAAAAGGCUGCAGUCUGGCUCCAUUUACCAACACAUUACAAAUGAUGACUCCCCCAUUUGUAUUUCACAGAUUUGGAAACAUGGCUCCAACUUCUGAUGUGCUUCAUUUUAAGUUUUCAAGCUAUGGAGAUUCCAUGUUGCAGAAAAUGAAUUUGUUGAGGCAGCAAAAGCGAUUCUGUGAUGUCACAAUCCGAAUCAACAAUGUGGCCUUCCUCGGGCAUAAAAUAAUUUUUGCUGCAUGCUCUCCCUUUUUGAGAGACCAGUUUUUGUUAAAUGAUUCAAAAGAUGUCAGGAUUUCACUUCUCCAGAGUUCAGAAGUUGGAGCACAGAUACUUUUGUCCUGUUACACUGGUAUCCUAGAGUUUCCUGUUAAGGAAUUGGUAAAUUACUUAACUGCUGCAAGCUAUCUUCAGAUGGGCCACAUUGUAGAAAGGUGCACACAGGCCCUUUCUAAAUAUAUUGAGCCAAAGUUGUUGUCGGAAGAUCAUGCGCACAACAUAGGUGAAAGCAGCACUUCAUCUACAUUUCCUGAAACUUCAGAAAGACCACAAGAAAGCCCUCCACCUGAUUCUGAAAAACACAAAAUGGAAGAUCUUAUCGAAACAAGGGAUGUCUCUGAUUGUGAAACUGAUUCAGAGGACAGCAACAUUCGUAUUGUUAAAGUGGAAUCUCUGACCAGUGAUAUUCAAGAGAGUGAGAAUAGUGAUAGUUUGAGCCAUCUCUCAAAUAAUUUCAGCAAUAGUGUGGAAAGAGCUGUUGCAAAUUCUCCGGAAUCCCAGUACUCUCUCAUCAAUUCAACUGUUGAUUCAAGAAACAACAAAGUGGUGGAUAGUUGCAUAGAGAAUUUUGUAGGAGAUCCACCCAGAUUGUCAGAAGUUGUCAAUGGUACAAGCUUUAUGCUGGCAGCCAAUGAGUUUGAGUUGCAAGGUUUGAGUAGUUUUCCAAAUGAGGAAAUGGCUGCUGCAGGUGGGUUUUUAUUCAAGCGUAACAGGGGCACAAAACUGUUUGCAAACAAAACGAUGUACACUAAUCAUUUUAAAAUGCAAGACAAAUGGCUUCAGAAGCCCCACCAUUGUAAUACAUGUGGAAAAAUCUUUCAGCACCUUGAAAACUUCAUUAGUCACCUGAAAACACACAAACUUUUCCUGUGUCUGCGCUGCGGCAAGAUUUUCACACAGAAAAGCAAUCUGACGCGGCACAUCCGUGUACACACAGGAAUCAAACCUUACCAGUGCACAAUUUGUGGAAAGACGUUCACUCAAAAAUGUUCUUUGCAGGAUCACCUGAAUCUCCAUAGUGGUGACAGACCACACAAGUGUAACUACUGUGAUGUGGGCUUUGCACAUAAGCCUGCACUCAGGCGGCACCUCAAAGAACAGCACGGGAAAAAAUGUGUGGAUAAUGUCACUGAAGGAAGCAUUCAAGAAAUUACUCUGGAAGUAGACACUAUUGAAUGACUGCAGUGUUGCUGAAUUUGAUCUAAUAUCUUGUUAGAAGGCCAACUGAACUUCAUUGGCCAAGCAGUAAAUCUAAACUUUUUGGAAAGGGUGAUAGAAACAAUGCACCAAAUCAACAUUAUAGUGGUAUUUCAUUAGUGCGUUAGUAAAUAUGCAGAGCACUGCACUUGGAAGAAAUGUUCUGUAGAUUUCUAUUCAACUGAUGAAAGAGCAUUGUGAACUAACCAUUUUAAUUGUUGUUUGAUACUGUCUCUAAUUUAAAAGAUGCAGUUCUGUACUUUAAACUGUUAGAACUAACUGUGUUCCACAGGCCACUUAACAGGUGGCGUAUGUCCUGUUUCUUACAGAAGUAUGUUUUAAAAUAAGACACUAACUCUUUUUGCAUGUAGGCAAUAGAGUGUACCUGGUUAAUGAACUAUUUGUCCAGGACUAAUAUCUAAAUUAUAAAGCUUUGCCUUAUGAUUAUGUUAAAAAUGGAAACAGGAAUAGGCUGUUCAGUCCCUUGAGCCUUUUCCUCCAUUCAGUCAGAUCAUGGCUGAUUCGUACCUCAAUUCCAUUUUCAACUUUGUUCAAUUUCCUUAGAUACCCUGACCCAAUAGCAGUCUAUUGGUCUCGGUCUUAAAUUCCAAACGAUCCACUCUUCUGGUAAAUAGGAGCUCCAGAUUUUCACUGUUUUGUGGAAAAAAAAAGGUGCUUCCUAACUUCAGCCAUAAAUUGCUCAGCUGUAAUGUCAAGAUUGUUAUACCCGUCUAUACUUGAUUCCCUUGCCAAAGGAAAUGACUCUUUGAAUUUACCAUGUCUUAGAUCCCCUUAUUUUAAACACCCCAAGCGCAUUGCUUAAACUUUUUUUCAUUUUUUUUUCACUGAACUUUUCUUUGAAAUUAUGCUAUUGUUUUUAAAAUCUACUUCCAAAUGGUCAGGGCACUGCUCUUUCCAUUUGGUCCUGUCUUCCUGACUCUCGUCUGCAGCUUUGUACCUAUAGAACAUGCUAUUUGGGGAAACUAAGUGACGAUUAGUAGGCAAGAAUAUGUAGUUGUUUCUUUGGCAUAUAUCUACCAUUUAAAAGUUUUUUUUUUUCUAAGCGUAGUAAUUUCUUACAUUGGAACUUGAUCUUGCUAGAAUUGCUACACUAGUAAUUCUACAUCAGCAGUGACCCAGCAUAGACUGCAUUAUCUGGGUGUCUGAAAAUUCAAUUAGAAGAAUUUUGUGCUAAUGAUGUUAUCAUGGACAUUGGCUUAAACGAUUAAGCACAUUACUUCUUCUCGUUUUGUGUUUUAACAGUCAUAUGUUUAAUUUCUGACCAAAGCACUUAAAUUUUGUUCUGCUAUUCCUUUUUAAAGUUUCUAACAUCUGUGAAUAAUGGUCUAUUCCUUGAGGGCAUUACAGAACUGUACAAAACUGAUCUGAGGGACAGGGGGUAAUUAGAGGCAUUAUUGCAUGAUUUAUGUCUUAAUUGAAAGUUUGGAUUUUUGAUUUGUCCAAAUGUAAUAAAAUUAGACUAUUUUGGAAUUUGUCCCAUUUCCCUUUCCCCUCAGGCCUUAAAAGAAACAUAAAGCUUAAUUUUUUUUAAAAAGUGAAAUGCUGAUGCUGUUCCUGAAGCCAGCACUGGCUGUAAAAAUAGCAGAUAAGCUCUUAGUGAUGACAUCAUGGGAACUUAAUCUGCAUAUUUGAAGAGGACCUCACUGGCCUAGGGCAAUUUGCCAAAUGAGGAAGGGGAAUCUCUAAAUGUUCUGUUCUAUUUUCAAAUGCCUGAACCUGGUUUCUAUCAGAGGGGAACAGCUAGAAUUAAGCCCUUGGUCUUGGAAGAGAUGCUGAGAACUUUACCAUCUUCAUAGUGGAUCUGAAAGAAUAAUUUCUCACUAAUUUUCUCCCCUCUUGUCCUGCAGAGUUUACUCCAUUGAGGUACGGUUUUAUGGUUUUAACAAUUUUACCAGGCACCCUCUAAUAUUUGGCUAUUUUUGUAUGCCAUGGCAAUGAACCUAAAUUCAUAAGUGACUCCAGUCUUGUCUUGUAAUCUAUUGUUCACAUAGGAAUUGCUAGAUAGUGAUCAGUAGUGGAAGCUGUGACAUUUUCUUUUUGCCCCAUUGCAUCACCCUAGCAUAGAUGUGAGAGAAUUAUGAAUUUUCUACAUGCAUUGACUUGGUAGUUUAAAAAGAGAUUUCAUUGGCAAUUUCAUCACGUAGCAUAAAUGUUAGAUUCUGGCCUUGCUGCAUUUGAAGUCUGUCAGGAUUGGAACUAUGUAAGCCGCCAUUAAGCCCGGGUUUCUCAAUAGUACCUUUUUUUUAUUCUGAACUAAAAGAUAUGUCAUGCCACAUUAGCUCAUGCCAGUCAUAGUGUCUCGAUGCAUACUGACGUUGAAAUUUUCUAGACAAUACAAUGUUAGGGAUUUUUACUUCAUGCCCGUCAGACCUCCCACUCUAAGGUCUGAUCUGUCUUGAGUUGAAGUUUUAGAUUCCGAACCACUGUGCUGCUGUAUCUUUCAUGUGUGCUUAUGUCUACUUAAUAGAAUGAUUGAUUAACUAUUUCAAGGGUGCUUAGUAAGUAAGGUACUCCUAUUGGGAAUAAAUACUAAAAUGGAAAUCGUCAAAGCAAAAAAUUCAUCAUUCGACUGAAUCUACCUUGUUCUUAGUUGUAAGCAGUGAUGUUUGUUUUUUAAAUGUAGGUUUUGAAUGCUUGAGUUUGACAUUUGUGUGAAGAGGCUAGAAAAAUGUUGGUUGUUGUUUUCGGUAGAGAAUGUUAUGUUUAUGUAAUAGAGGUUUGAAAUUACGAAGGACUUUGAUAGAGUGCAAAGGAAAAAAUGGUUUUCACUGACGCCAGGGUCAGUUAACCAGUGGAUGCAGAUUUAAGGUAAAUGCUAAAGAACCCAGAGCAGAGUGAGCUGGGAAGAGGAAAUUAGAUUGUUUUUGUAGUAACUUGUUACACUCCAGAAUGUACUGUCUAAAAGGGUGAUAGCAGAUUCAAAAGUAACUUUCAAAGGGAGAGUUGAUUAAAUGUACACUUGAAAGGGAAACAUUUGCAAGGCUAUCUGUACAGAAGAGGGAAGUAAUUGGAUAUUUUUUCCCCAGAACAGCUCUUCUAUAUUAGGGAAAAAAACUUCCCUGAAAUGAAUGAAUAAUAUAUACAUUAUACAAAAGGUAUAGAAAUAGACCAUCAUUCCAAAUGAAAACAUAAAAAGUAGAGGCCAUCAAAACAUGAUGCUCACCAAGAAAUCAAAUAGAAUCCUUUAUUCAGUGAUGAUAAUGUAGAACCUGCUACUUAAUCAUUUGGAUGUGUUUUUAAAAGGAAGCAAGAGAGAAGAGGGUUGUACUGAUGCAGAGUAUAUGAAGAAUGAGAAAAGGCUCAGGAGGAGCAGCGUGAUGAUAUUGGGCUGAAUGGCUUGUGUACUGUAAUUUUUUUUUUGUGUGGCUUUUGAUUAACCAUACCCAGGAAAUGUAUCCAGUUGACUCUGAUAUUCAGGUAUAUACCAUAAAAUUUCAAAACACCUUAACAUAGCUACUUUGUAACAUUCGUUUUGCUAUUGCUCUUAUACUGUCCUGUUCACUUGAAAAUGAGAUACACAAAACACAUCCAGUUUUUUCAGUUGUUGAGUUCUUCAAUGAUCUUAGCACAGCUUUCAUAAAUCAAUGGUCUUAUUGCUAUUCCUCCUGAUAUGCUUGAAUGAUUUAAGCAGUCCUAAAAAUAAUUUGAGACCUAUAGUUUUCCAUAGUUUGCACUGUUUCUUCCCCCAAGGUAACUUACUUAAUCAGCCAAAACAGUGCAAAAUAUUAUAGAAUUUCAAGCAGAAAUUACUUCCAGUAUAAUUUUGGCUUUAUGCAAUCUUUCUUUUGUGCUAGUUUUGAAAAAAAAACACAUUAGAAGCUGGCCACACCCAGAAAACUGGCUAUGCUCUUGAUCACAAUACACACCACUGAGGUUCUGCUAAUUAUGUCUGUUUACAAGCCCAGUCUGGGGAUUUUAUAACCUUUUUAGGCAUGGGGAUGCUAAAUAACCAUGUUUUUAAAAGCUUUUGAAUAGAUUUUAAUUUAGUUAAACUGACUAUAUCAGCAUGGCUGUGUAUUUUGUCAUUUUCAGUUGCUUAAAAUGGGGCUACUCUCGAGUAGUAGACUUGGGUUAAUCACAAGAAAUAAGCACUUUUAACUAUUUUCAGACAAAUUAAUCAAACACAAUCACCACAAUAUUUAAAAGAAAAAGUAACUUUUUAAUGUUAUAAAGUGCUGUCCAAUUGCACUGGUUUAUGGCAAAAUUUUAUUUAGUAAUAUGCAAAUGAACUUGAACAGAAUGCAAGACAAGAAACAUUUGGCAAAGCUACCACAUUUCGUGUUAUAGUCAUCGAUAAUGGCCAAAACACACACUCCAGCCAUGGGUGCAUAAUUGUUGGGUUUUUAAAAUAAUCUUCCUUCUGCAGUUUUACACUUCUGGGCAGUCAUAAAGACUGAGAAUAGUUCACUAGGAAGUUGUCUACUAUUUCAGUUAGCAGUACUGGGCAGUAGAGAUGUUUAGCAAAACGGGAUAGGACUUGAUAUGUCUACAUUUUACACCAGUUCUUAUGUACCCAGUCUGAAAGCAAUUUAGCACUUCUUCACAGAAGGCAUCCAUUUAAUGUUUAGACUCAACAACACUACAUUUUUGAAGGAUCACUAAUAUUAACAUGAUGCACAGUUUCAGUCUUCAGUAUGGUACAUGCUACUGAUUUUCCCCUUUGGAUUUUUGGUAACUGUAGAGUUCCUGGCUUCUGUUAGUGUAAUCUUGAGGUGCCACUUGUAGGGAAGGGGUGGCAGAAGUUUGUCAAGUAUUUACAAAAUUGUCUUCCAUGUCUUCAAUUUAGAGCAGCUACAAAAACCUGAAAAGAUUCCUUUGAACACCCUUGUAGUUAUGGCAUGGAAAUUUGUAGAAUAGCACCCAUUCUAAAAGUGCAGUGCUUGGGAGAAAAUAGAAGUCUUGACGAUCAAAUGCAAAAUUAUUUUAUAUCAUUCCAAUAAUAAUGGACACUUUCCAUUUAAAAAAAGUUUAAAUGCUGAGAAGAGUUAUCUCUUUAAUUCCUAGCUUAUUAUGUUUGAAGGAGUUUUUUUUUUAGAAAGAAGUUAGUAUUGUAGAUGUGCAUCCGUUUCCUAAGAGUUUAAAUAUCUAUGUCAUCUAUAGGCUAAUGUACAGGAAGUACAAACUCCAUUAGCCACCACAGCCUGGAUAAGUGGCGUUGAUCAGAGAAAUUGGUACAUGAGGACUAAAUUUUAAUAUAGCAAUAUUCCAGGCAUGGGAGUAAAAGCAAAUCCAUGUUCAAUUAACAAAUUUGACAUAAAUUUCUUCUUGAGCAUUGAAAUUAUAAAGGAAAUUGGUGUUACCAUGCUGUGUUAGGAGGUGACAUCCAGGACAAGUUUUCUUAUCCAAAAAAAAAUGUGUGUAGAUAAUGAUGAUUCUGCUACUGUUGUAUUGCUAGCCAUGAUUAAUCAUUACUAGGCUUGUAUUUUGCAGAUUUGAUUCACACAACAGAAGUGGUUCAUCAACUCGAUUUUACCACAUACUUGAGUUGCAAACAAUAUGUAAUGAAUUAGCAUUUUGGGUCUUUGUCAAAGUGUUGCUUUUUGUUCAUGCAAGACCAUAUUCAAAGUUUCAAACUUAUAAAGGUGGCUGAUCAAUUUUUAUCAGCAGGUAAAUAGUACUGCUUUUAAUAAUCUGUCCAUGUCUUUCCAAUUCUAUAUGCAAUGUCACCAUUGUUAGUAUCCUUGGACACUAUAGGUCCUGAAAUUAGAUUUUUGGGUUACCUAGCACAUUAACAUAUACCUCAUCUGGAACAGUAUUUGUGAUUCUUAUAUAUGUACUUUCACAUUUGUAACUUUAGAAUGUUGCAACACCUUCUCAGCUGUGGAAUUUUUAAGUUCUCCAUGUAUGGAUAUGUGAGACUGCAGAUACAGUAGUGGAAUGAACCAAUUUUGUUAAUAGCCAUGGCCAGUUAAAAAGUUUGAUGUUUAUUAACUUGCAAAGCAUGUAAAAUAUAUUUUCAGAAAUUAAAUAUCAAAACAAGAAAUGGUCUGUGGACUAUCACCUAUUUUUGGAGAUCUCAAAAGCUUUAUUGAAUAUCAGAAUGCAUUGUAAACUUCUAUAUCGGAACGAUUUGCGUAUGUGUUCAGAUCAGUGAUUUUCUUCAUGUAAUAAGGUGAUAUUCCUCAGCUAGGUCACCAGGGAAGAAGUGUUGAAAAAGGGACAUCACUUUUCCCUCCCUGUUGUAUAGCUUGUACAGAUGGCAUUGCCAGAUAUCUGGGUACAUGGUAUAAGUAGACUUCCUCAAUCAUAGGAACAAAAAAUAGCUCCUAAACAAGGAUCAAAAUUAUAACACUGCAGCAAAGCCUGCUAUCAAUUCUAGAUAAAUCAGCACUAACUGCUGUUUUUAAAAAUUUUUGGAUGAGGGGUCAGGAAAACGUUGAAUCGGGUAGUUUCCAAUCUGGUAUGUAUUGAUAUUUUGCUUCUGACUAAAAAGAUGAUUUGAUUUAAUUCAAUUUAAAUUUGUUCUAACAAUUUGUACGUAAUUCAAAAAUCUUUGUCAAUACUUAAAGAUGUUGCCAAAGAAUAGAUGAGUUUUCAAAAAUACAGUUAGUGCAUUGUCAACUGUAUUUCAUCUCGCUUGGAUGUCCUUUGUCACACUCUGCAUUUUGACUGAAAUAGUGCCUAGUUUCAUAUCUCAUAAUUUGAUUUACUUGACACAAACUGUCUGUCUGUGUUAAUUUUGGUACACCUGGCGAUGUAUUUGUCGCUUGGCCUAAUUGUGUAAGGGUUAGUGAGAAAAUGUGAUUUUUAGUUCAAGUCCCAUGUCCUGCAGUCACCUAGACAGUUUUGAUAUUUUUAAAAUGCUACCUUCUGGACUGGGAUUUGCAGAUGUAUAAAGUUAAGAAUGCAGCAUAAUGUAAAGGUGUGUGACUUUAAUUGUGCUUUGUUGAUACAACCAUUAAUUCCAAGGUACUUGAAGUCAAUAAUUGUCUUUGCUGUCAUUCUUGAAAUAGAUUAGUAGUACACUUUUUAAAAAUGUCUAGGAGUCCUCUUACAGAAUUUUAUUGUUAUUUUUCAGUUGUAUCCUCAACCACGUUGCAAUUUUUUUGAGCUGGAUGUCUGCUGGAGUACAUCUGCUUUAUAGUUGAACUCUGAUUUGUUCCAGUGUCUGCUGAGAACAAUGAAAAACAUAAGUCCCUAAAGGACAUAAGUUACUUGCAACCUUUAUUUUUCAAAUCGUAAAAACAAAUGUUUUAUCAAAAGUACACCUAAAGUUAAGAGGCACAUUUAGUACUCAAGUGAAAAAGUAGUUUCCUUAUGGUACAGUGUAUACACAAAUGUUAAAAGAUUAUUUUUUUAUUUUUUGCAUAUGUUAUGUGAAUAAAUCAGUUAUAGCCUUUUCUAUUUGUUUUGUCCUAGCAGUUAAUUCUGAGAUGCACUGAUGAAAAAAAUAAACGUCCUCUUUUCUGUAAUACCUGAUUUACACAUUCCUGGUGGUAUAGUAUUACCACAAUGGCAGGAUUUUUUUUUAACAAUAGCAGUAUUCAGAUUUAUUCACUGGAAAACAAAUUCACUUAAAAAAAAAUAAACUGCUUUGUAAAUGAAGUAAUUGAGCCUUGCAUUUACUGUGUACAAGAAAGCAUCCUACCUACAUGCAACACCAAAUGAGCUAACAUAGCUGAAGCAAUCA